UAUAUACACGAAGAUUAGCUCGCGUGUCAAUGUAGACACCACUUGCCACAUGGUGGGUAUGUAUGCCAUUCCUUUUCCUUUUUGGACGUGGUAAAAGAAUUUUAGGCAUCUUCAUUCUUCUCUCCUCAGCUUUUCACAAGAGCAUGAUUUUCUUGAAUAAUUACCACCUCAUCAUGACUCUCCUUCCUCUCUCGUUCUUUGUACAAUGAUAGGAAUAUUUUGCAGCUUUAGAACCCUCUCAAUUGAAUCUUUCUUUACUCACUAAUAUAUAUUUACAUCACCUUCACUUAGCUAGCUUAUUCUUACUGUUAUCUCAUCAACAACAAUUCAACCUUGUAAGUUUGAAGCUCUUCAACAAUUUUCCAUGUUUGAAGAGCUAGAAUCGAGAUUCAUCGAGAUUUUAGUCUUCACACACUACAAAUAUAGCCUCUACAUUUUAUUUUUUGUUUUGCCUCUUUUUUUGUUAGCAGCAUUAUGAUGAGGAAUCAUACAAGGAGAUGAUGAGUUUAAGAGAUAAAGACGGUCCUUCGUACACAACGAAGCAAGAGCUAGGAGACUCAAGCAAACUAAGCAUAGCAGCUUCUUCAAGUAGUUCAAGGCAAUGGUCAUCAGGGUUCAAGAAUCCAAGGAUAGUUCGAGUUUCCCGUACCUUUGGAGGCAAAGACCGGCACAGCAAAGUUUGCACCAUCAAAGGGCUAAGAGAUAGAAGGAUUAGGCUCUCGGUACCUACUGCAAUCCAACUCUAUGAUCUCCAAGAUAGGCUCGGGUUAAGCCAACCGAGCAAGGUCAUUGAUUGGCUACUCGAUACUACUAAGCAUGACAUUGAUAAGCUCCCUCCAUUGCCGGUUAUACCAGGGAGUUUUAACCCUUCUCAAGGAGCAUAUGGUGUCCCACUUUCUUCUUCUACGCCGUUUUUUGAUGCUAGUUUGUUACCUUCUAGGAAAGAAUGUGGCAUCAAUAUUAAUAGGACUACUGAAGAUGUGGAUGUGGACGAGGAGGAUGAAUCUCUUGUCGCGAAAUUGAAGUAUUGGGAUUCAAAUUCAUUGAUGAGAUCUAAGCAAAAAGGGGUAGAUCAUCAUCAUAAUGAUCAAGGUACUUCUCAAGUUUUAGCUCAAAAUUUAUUCCCAAUUGCAAGUUCAAAUAAUAAUAGUACUACUAAUAAUAAUAAUAAUAUUUUACCUCCUCAUCCUCCUUCCUUUUUGAGCAAUAAUCCUAUGUUCAACUAUUACCAUUUGGAGCCUUCAAAUUUAUCUUUGUCUCAAUUAGGAAGUCUUGGUGUUCCUUCUUCUCAUAAUGAUCAUCAUCAAGGCUCUUCUCAAUCAAGCUCGACUCCACAACCUCCAUCCUCGCUAUCUCUUUCCUCAAUGUCUCAAUUUUUUCUAUGCCCUUCCAUGACAACCACAUCGUUUUUCCCUCCUCAUCAACAAGCCUCUUUCAUGAAUAAUAGUCAUCAUCAAGUAGAGAAUGACUUGAGACAAUUUAACCGUUUCCCUUUGUCAAACACUAGUCCUUUCUCUUCUUCUUUCCACAAUAACUCGAGUGGAUUGGAUAUGAAACCGGCCUUCCCUUUGAGUAUGAAUCAUGACCCUCAUUUGCAGCAACAAGAUGAUCAAAAUCGCCAAGGGAAUAAGAGUAGUAGUGUACAUCAUAACCCUUGGAAAGAGUCCUCAGGGAACUAAUAAAUUCGAUCUUAUGAAAAGAGAAUGAGAAUGAGAACAAAUAGUUUUCUGUUUUUCGAUCUCUUCUUGCUUCUAAGUUAUAGUCAUCAAUUGGUGAAGAGAAAUGAAAUGAAUCGAGGCAAUUUGUUCUUGGUUAAUCAUGGUUUAUCUCAUGAGAUUUGCUAGGGUGACUACAAUAUAUGCAAAGAUAAGUUUGAUGCUUGAGGAAGCUAAUAGCAACUCUUGUGCUACCAAUGCAAAACUCGAAAUACAACAAGUAAGUUUUUUAUUUUUGAUCAUGUAACUUACAUUUAAGCUUUUGUACUAGACAUGUUUCUUGAAAUUGUGAUACAAACUAUAUAUAUAUAUAGGUGGAGAUGAGCUUCUCUCUUGCAAUGUUAUAGACAAUACAAGUCAUAUUUUAUUAAUGCAAUGUUUUUCUUA